GAGCGGAGUACAGUUACAUCGUCGGUUUCAAUUUGUUUCGUCAGUGACAGACACCAGCAUAGUGCCAUUGUCGUUCGUCUCAUCUGGCCUCACUAGAGUCGCUUUGACACCGCCCGAACCCACACGGAUGACACCGGCUCCUCCUUGCCUUCCAGCGUGCCUCGUCAUUGGCCAUUGCCCAUCCCUCCCACCGGCGACGAUGGCUCGUCGAUGGUGUAAGCGAAAGGGGGGAUCUCGGACAUGCUCGUCCUGAUCUCGCUUGUCUCGUUCCUGCCGUACCGUUGGCCCAUCCACACCAAAGCCAUUCCCCCAGUCCAUCCUGGAUUCCUGGCAUCGGACCCUCUCUCAUUCUCGCUUGUCUGUCCAUGGUUCAUUACGAUUCGCGCGCUCGGCUCCCCGACGAACCGGGAGAGAAGGAGUCGCCGGUCAAUGCCAGUCGAGCCUCUCGUCAGACGCGGUCCUGCAAGGUCUGUCGGGCCCGCAAGGUCAAGUGUGACCGCGUCAAACCCUGUCAUGCAUGCUGCGCCCAUGGGUACCCGUCGAAAUGUGUCUACGAAUCGAUGCCGGAUGAGGACCUCCAGCCCAUUACCCAGGCCGAGGAGAUACGUCAUUUGCGGACGGAGAUCCGCGAGUUAACGGUGCGACUAAAUAAUCGCGAGCACCGUAACCGAACCCAACGGGGACUUGCUGAGCUCCAGGAGCUCUUCGACACCGUACGUUCCGCCCCGCUCAAUGUUGUCGAUCACCUUGUCGCGGAUAUUCGUGCCUCUCGUGGGGAAUUAGAGGCUGUUUCAACCGGUCCGUGGGAAGGAACACAAGGACACGACGGAUCCUUAGUCCCGCGCCUCUCAUGUGAGAAUUACGAUGAGGGUGUGGAUGACGAAGGCUAUGUCAGCAACCGGUCUGGCCAUGCGGAUUUUAAUCGGAGCUCAUCCGAGGAGUCCGAUGGCUCGUCUGUCAGUUCAAUGAUAUGCAUGAGCUCGACGCGGCCAAUGCUCGAUAUCUUUAUUGAGCGAUUUGUCGACGCUUUCAGCCCAGAGGUAGGGGUCAAAUCUGGCCAGGCAGGAGCCUUGCGACGCGCGGCCGAGAUUCGCAUGUUCUCGCCUAUCCUUACCGACGCGUUCGAAACUGUGUCAGUGGCUUUCUUCGGUCGGUCUAUUCAAGACAAGGGCAUCGAGGCCUCGGGUUUCCGUACUUAUCCCCGUGUCUUACGUAGUCUUCAGGAAGCCCUACAAGAUCCGGAGCGUAGUAAGGCUGAAUCUACUUUGGUGACGGUCAUUCUUUUGAUGGCCUUUGAGAGUGUUGAGCGUACUACUCAGGGAUCACUUUUGGCACACGUUCAAGGCGCAGUACGUUUGAUUGAACAUCGAGGCCCUGAAAACCACAUUUACGGUGUUGAGCACUUGCUAUUCACGGAGCUUCGUCCGUAUUGGGUUGGAGCCGCCCUCGGCGCUCGCUUGCCAACGUUUCUAGCUCAUGAAGAUUGGAAGACAAUCCCCUGGUCGGCUGGUACGACCAAGAAGGACAUUCUUCAUCACCUCCUCGAUCUGACAGUGGAAAUACCGGCCCUAUUAUCGCAACAUGACUCCCUCGAAGCCGACCUGCAGUCUGGGAUCAUGAUGGGCGCACAUGAAACAGCGGUUAAGCAGACCACGCUAUGGAAUAGCAUUGCGGAUUUGACUUCUCGAUUUCUGCAGUGGAAGGUCGCAAUGGUCGAUAAUUACCCUGAUGGUCCGCCGAAAGAAGUUGAGACGGAACCCAAUGAUCAAUUCCCCACCUUCUACUGUCGGGAUUUGCGCACUGGUGCCAUAAUCAAACCCACCAAAUUCGCAUAUCCAAACCUACGCCUGGCCCAAACCAUGUGCUUGUAUUAUUCUGCGCGGCUUGUCUUGUCUUCCGUGGACACCCGACCGGAUCGCGUUGGCCCGGUCGAGCAAUAUGGGUUGGGAUGUGGCAUCUGCCGGAGUUUGGAAUGGUAUAUACUCACUGCGCCAGGAAACAUGAUCAACCGCUUAGCCUUCCCUGUCCGGGUGGGUUGGGAAGCUUUCCCUGACGGCGGGCCUGAGCGCAAGUUCAUGUACGAGGUGCUGAAGCUGGUAGAGAAACGUCAUGCAUUGGGACUGUGGGGAAGUUCAAUGCCCGAGCUGUCCGUUCGUGCUGGCUCACCACCUAAAGCAGCUUAGAGUUCAUCUCUGCUGGUUGCACACUAAUAUGUAUAUUUCGGGCAGGAGGAUUUUGCUAGUAAUCGCAGGACGACUUCUAGCAUGCAGUGGAAAUGAAGUAAUGAUUUAUGUCAGCGAGAUCUGAUGAUUUAAGCAUCCGGUAUCGUUUGGAGGACUAAUUUGGGAAAUGUCUUAAUCAAUAUUUGCCAGUUCCAUGUCGUGUACAGAAUGUCAAACAUCGGGUUCAAUGUUGCCUACCUUAUUUUUGGUGGUACGACGAUAGAAGCGGAAGAUUGACAUACCACAUGCCACACAUCGGCUGCAAUAUUCAUGUGGCUUCAUAUUUCUCCUUGGAUUUCUGGAGUCGAGAAGAUCAUCCUCGGCCCCUUGAAUAUCAAGUGUGAUGAACACGCCAUGGUACAUGGCUCUUCCCGCCUCGCUAUCAAGGCAAAGCAAACGUACGCCUUAUCCUGGCCUGAAGGUAGACACCAUCAUGCUGUCCUAAAGGCCUAUUCUAUCAAGCGACAGUAAGAACGAACUCUAGCAACCAAGAAGGCUUGGCCUUGCUCUUCUGGACUGUAGAAGACGGUCCUCGUCAAUAUCCCCCUGUAUGUGAAUGCAGCAUAUUGUAAAGGAUGUCUCCUUUCGAUACUGGGCUCGUGGAUCUGGCAGUACUUGAGUUCUGGAGCUCUGCUAUCGAACCUCCAUGAUUUCUGGGAAGGACGCAAAUAAUCGGGCCUGUCUAUUAAACGAAAUGAAAGAAAAGGAUUUCGCUGGGCAUGGAAGCUCUACAUAAUCCAUGGGAACAUCCGUUACAUUAGUAACACUGACUACUAUAGCAAACAGCGCGGAAAAGGCCGAAAUCGAACACGGUUUCCAGUAUAAAUAAGCCCGUGCUCCAUACAGGGCUUAAACACCACUCUAGAUCCCUUUUCUCGACUGACGCCUCUGAGUAUCCGACCUCAUCAUCAGGCUCUCUUGAGGCAGCGCCCAGGCACCAGAUAAACCAUUCCUAUCAUCAUGCGGUUCGACCUCGGCUGGAUGUUCUGGUUUUUUCUUGCCUACUUCAUAUUCACUAGAAUUUGGGGUUCAGUGGUUUGCUUGAUGAUCCUCUGGGCUGCUCAUAAUCUGAUCGCAGAUGUGAGAUAUUUCCGUGACAUUGUACCACGAGCUUUGAAUGAAGCCCCGCUUAUGAUUUUAUUGAUUGGCUUUCUCUUUUUGCUGGUGAGUUUGCGAACACUCAACGGAGCUGUUUCUGUUGAGAAUCGAGUUCCUUCGUGGAGAGAGAUUAGAUAGAGUGUGGGUUAGAAUGGUGAGCUUUGUGGGAUUGGUGCGGCUUUCUUGUUAUGAUAUGGAUGGAGUUUUGCCAGGAUGUGCUGAGGCCUGCUGUGAUC